GGGGUGGGGCGGGCGGCGGUGGCUGCAGCGCUAGCGGCACUGGUGGUGGGCGGCGGCGGUAUGUGGUACGGGGCCGGCGUCCACGGGAGGGAGGCGCUGCCGGCGUCCCGGCCGCUCCCGCUGCAGCUGCACGCCGGGCUCGCUGUGUCCUGCCCGCGGGGCCCUGGCCGCCUUCGCUUCGGCCGCCCGGGCCACCUCUGGUGACCACUCGCCGCGCCGCCGGAGGCUUCACCCGCGCCCUCCCUCAGGACGCACCCGCGGAGCUCCGGCCCCUUCGCCCCGGACGCGGAGGCCGCGCUGCGCGGGGCGGCGGCGAAGCCGAAAGAUGGCUUGGGUGCUCAAGAUGGACGAGGUGAUCGAGUCCGGGCUGGUGCACGACUUCGACGCCAGUCUCUCGGGCAUCGGGCAGGAGCUGGGCGCUGGCGCCUACAGCAUGAGUGAUGUCUUGGCAUUGCCCAUUUUCAAGCAGGAAGACUCCAGCCUUCCAUUGGAUGGUGAAACUAAACACCCACCCUUUCAGUAUGUGAUGUGUGCUGCAACAUCGCCAGCAGUAAAGCUCUACGAUGAAACACUCACUUACUUGAACCAAGGUCAGUCCUAUGAAAUUCGGAUGUUGGAUAAUCGGAAAAUGGGAGAUAUGCCUGAAACUAGUGGAAAAUUGGUAAAGAGCAUCAUUAGGGUUGUAUUCCAUGACAGACGGCUGCAAUAUACAGAGCAUCAGCAACUUGAAGGCUGGAAGUGGAAUCGCCCAGGAGACAGACUUCUCGAUUUAGAUAUUCCAAUGUCUGUGGGAAUAAUUGACACAAGAACAAAUCCAAGCCAGUUGAAUGCAGUUGAAUUUCUGUGGGACCCUGCAAAACGCACAUCUGCUUUCAUUCAGGUACACUGCAUCAGCACAGAAUUUACUCCACGGAAGCACGGAGGUGAAAAGGGAGUGCCUUUUAGGAUUCAGGUUGACACCUUUAAACAGAAUGAAAAUGGGGAAUAUACGGAUCAUCUACACUCAGCUAGUUGCCAAAUCAAAGUUUUUAAGCCUAAAGGUGCAGACAGGAAACAAAAAACUGACCGAGAGAAAAUGGAGAAGAGAACAGCUCAUGAAAAAGAAAAGUAUCAGCCGUCUUAUGAUACAACAAUCCUCACAGAGAUGAGGCUUGAGCCUAUAAUUGAAGAUGCAGUUGAACAUGAGCAGAAAAAGUCCAGCAAGCGGACUUUGCCAGCAGACUACGGUGAUUCUCUGGCAAAGCGAGGCAGUUGUUCUCCGUGGCCUGAUACCCCCACAGCCUAUGUGAAUAACAGCCCUUCCCCAGCGCCCACUUUCACCUCCCCACAGCAGAGCACUUGCAGUGUCCCAGACAGCAAUUCUUCUUCCCCAAAUCAUCACGGAGAUGGUGUUUCACAGGCCUCUGGUGAACAACUUCAGCCUUCAGCUACAAUCCAGGAAACACAGCAAUGGCUGAUCAAAAACAGAUUCUCUUCCUACACAAGACUGUUUUCUAACUUUUCAGGUGCCGACUUAUUAAAACUGACAAAGGAGGAUUUAGUUCAAAUUUGUGGCGCAGCCGAUGGAAUUCGGCUCUAUAAUUCACUGAAGUCAAGGUCAGUUAGGCCCCGUUUAACCAUCUAUGUCUGCCAGGAGCAGCCGAGCAGCACACCUCCCCAGGAGCAGCAGCAAGCUGCAGGCAGUGGAGGCGAGAAUGGCAGUGGGACACCCUACGUUUAUCAUGCUAUCUACUUGGAAGAAAUGGUUGCCUCAGAAGUUGCUCGAAAACUUGCAUUGGUGUUUAAUAUUCCUUUCCACAAAAUUAACCAAGUUUACAGACAGGGUCCCACUGGUAUUCACAUUCUUGUUAGUGAUCAGAUGGUUCAGAACUUUCAAGAUGAGAGUUGUUUUUUAUUCUCCACAGUUAAAGCUGAAAAUGGUGAUGGUAUCCACAUAUAUUUGAAGUGAUGUCUUAUGUAGACUGAACUAUAUUCAGUACCAAAUAAAGUCACGCUUAAAAGUGUGUGAAGACUGAAUCCAAGAAGUCUUGGGAUUGGAUUUUACUGUAUGAAAUGUUUCAUAUUGAAAACACAAGAUGACCCUUCUAAUGAGCUGUAUGAGAGGCGAAUCUCGUCAUUGUCACUGCCGUAGCCAGGCAUCCUCAUGAGAGUGAGCACUUCAGGACAGCGUGCAUUGAACUCUGGAGGCCACAGUGCAGGCACAGCUGCCUGCUUCUCUGGCAGAGGCCAGUAGAUACAGUUCUUAGAAACAGCCUUUGCUGUCUUUUUACACUGUAUGCGGUUUGGAAAUGAAUGUAAAAACUUACUGUGGGCAUUUCCUGCCUGUGCCAGUCUGGCUUUUAUUGCCUGAACCGUAUGCUGACCUGGGGAGGGGAUGGGGGACAGUGCUGUCGUGGAGCCAGCAUGGAAUAUGUGUGGAGAGAUGCACUGUGCUGAUGUGGCCACUGGUGGUCAGGUAAGAGGCUUGGCACUUCUUGGAAGAAAUCAUGUCUAAGGGUGUACAUCUGAUGUGAUCUUGCCAGAUUGGGGAAGAUCUAAGCCAAGAAGAUGGGCUUGAAGCAAACUGCAUUAUCAGGAGUACCUUGAUGAGAGGAUCAGUGUAAAUCCUAAUAGGUACAAAGACUUUGUGUUUUUGCUUUGUCGUGGAUUUAUUCAAAAACUUUUUUGCUUCCAUUUUUAGCAUUUUAGUUUCUGGUUUUCAUUUUUUGAAGCCUCCUUGCCUUUUAAACUCAUGUGGUUUUUUUCUUUCCCAUUUUCCCCCCUCUCUCCAUCUCUGACCACCCCCCAUGCCAUCUUAUUCUUAAACAUUUUUAAAGCCUUUCCAGACAUUGGAAAUAGCUUCUGACUUUGUGUUAUGAACAAGAUGAAAUUAUUCAUGGAAACACUAGAUGUCAUAAAUUAAACACUAAAAUGUACCAUAGUAAUCCCUUACAUCUCUCCUCAAAUAUUGAGCUUUAGUACAAUCAUGGAUAAAUAUUCUGGUGAUUAUUUAGAGGCUUUUUAUGCACCACAUAAUAGCUAAUUUUUCUAUAAAAAGGGUGCCUCUUUCAUAAAACCAAAUGCUUGUUUGCUAGCAUAUUUUUCAAAGGGGAUCCGUUUUCUUAUUUUUCUCCUACUACCUUUAUCUCCAUCCUUAACCCAAAGCCUUCCCUAGAUUGAUGAGCAAGCAUUUUCGAGACCUGUGCUAUAGCAGACCAAAAUUUUUUUCUAAAACUUCUGUUCCAUUUUAAUUAUAGCAUCUCUGUCCAUUUAGCCAGGUGUUUUGGCUUUGAAUGUACCAUUUAAUCCUCAUCUUUGUUUAGGUGGAAAUAGGACUAAGUAAUUUUUAGUUUAAAAUCUCUCCCAGAAGAUAAACUACUUCAGUGGGUAAAAGCUUUGAUAUUUUGUUUAUUCAUAAAGGGGGUUAAUUAUUUGCUACAAAGAAGCACUGUCUCAAUAUUUUCAUCUUUGGUUUGAAAACAUCUGUAACUCCUAUAGAUCCUAUAGGAGGAGAGCUUUCCUUUGUCCUUUUCUCUUUGCUUUUGUAUGACCACAUGUUUUCUGUACCAGUCACUUGGGAAAGAAGUGAGCUUAUCUCUUAAUUGUUUGAGUUUUGCUUGUCUAUUUAGCAUUCCUUUUUGGGUCUCAAGAUUUAUGGAACAAUAAAUGUCAUUUAAUGCUG